AUGUGGAACCUGGAGAUGCAGGGAAAUAUGACUGUGACACUGGAGAUGACCACACCUCUGCAGUUCUCAAUGUCAAAGCUUUCCAAACCGGCUGUGGAAGUCGCUUGGAAAAAGGACUCCACUUUACUCCAGGCCAGCGAUAAAUAUGAGAUAAAGCAGGAAGGAAAAACAGCGAAGCUCAUCAUUCAUGAUGUGGAACCUGGAGAUGCCGGGGAAUAUGGUUGUGACACUAGAGAUGACCACACUUGUGCAGUUCUCAAAGUCAAAGAAGCCCCUGUUAAAAUAUCAGAAGGCCUGGUGGACCAGGAAGCCGAUGAGUUUGGAAGUGCCACUCUUACUUGUCAGCUUUCCAAACCGGCUGUGGAAAUCGCUUGGAAAAAGGACUCCACUUUACUCCAGUCCAGCGAUAAAUAUGAGAUAAAGCAGGAAGGAAAAACAGCGAAGCUCAUCAUUCAUGAUGUGGAACCUGGAGAUGCAGGGAAAUAUGACUGUGACACUGGAGAUGACCACACCUCUGCAGUUCUCAAUGUCAAAGGUAAGGGAGAUGACCACACCUCUGCAGUUCUCAAUGUCAAAGAGGCACCAGUUCUGAUCCGAGAGGCACUGCGUGACCAAGAGGCUUUGGAAUUCGAGAACCUCACUCUCAGCUGUCGACUUUCCAAGCCAAAUGCUCCCUUGGCUUGGCAAAUGGGAUCCAGCAUCCUGCGGUCUGGCGAGAAGUACAGUUUGGUCCAAGAGGGUGACGUUGCCAAGCUCACAAUAUACAACCUGCAGAUGAGCGACGCGGGCGAUUACGAAUGCGACACUGGGGAUGACAGAACCAUCGCUACGAUUACCGUGAAAGAAGCCCCAGUGCUGAUUCGCGAUGGUUUAAAGGACCAGGAGGUCAACGAAUGUGAGAGCGCCAUCCUCACGUGCCAGCUUUCCAAAACGCCAAAGGAAUUGGUGUGGGAGAAGGACUGCACUGUCCUGCGACCCGGUGAUAAGUAUGAGAUGGGGCAGGAAGGAAACGUGGCAAUGCUCAUUGUCCACGACGUACAGAUGGAAGACGCGGGGGAGUACCGGUGUGACACGGGCGACGAGAACACAUCCGCGUCCCUGACUGUCAAAGAAGCACCGGUGCUCAUCAGUGAACCUCCGAGGGAUGAAGAAGCCGAGGAGUUUGGCAGCGCUGAGCUCAGCUGUCGGCUUUCCAAACCGGCUCGCGAGGUCGCCUGGCGGAAGGGAUCUGUGGUGCUGCAGCCCGGAGAGAAGUACGAGAUGGAGUACGCGGGGGCUGUUGCGAAGCUGAUUGUUCACGACCUGCAAGUUGAAGAUGCUGGGAACUAUGAAUGUGACACGGGGGAUGAUUGUGCAAGUGCUACAUUGAAUGUGAAAGAGAAGCCCGCGAUGUUCACCAAGGGUCUGCAGGAGGUGAGCGUGGAGGAGAGGGGCGAUGCCGUGCUGCUGUGCGAGCUGUCCAAAGAGGGCGCCCCCGUCAGCUGGCUGAAGGACGGCCGGGCCCUGGGCCCCGACGGGAGGCACGAGACGAGCCAGGAGGGACGCACGGCCCGGCUCGUCCUGCACCACCUGAGCCUGCACGACAGCGGCCGCUACUCGUGCGCCACCGGCCACGACGUCACCGCCGCCACGCUCACCGUCACCGAACUGGACAUCUCGAUGGUGAGAGGCCUCGAGGACUGCGAGGUGCAGGAGACUGAGAGGGCGACGUUCACCGUGGAGAUCUCGCACCCCGACGUGCUGCGCGUCGAGUGGUGGCUCGGCGAGUCGCCGGUCCGGAACAACGAGCUCAACGAGCUGUUCGUCGAUGGCAGAGAGCACACUCUCAUUUUAAACAACCUCACUCUCCAGGAUAGUGGCACCAUCCGGUUCCAGGCUGGAAAUGCCACCUCAACGGCAACGCUGACAGUGACGAAGCUGCCGGUGCGGGUGGUGCGGCCGCUGCAGGACGUGGCGGUGGAGGAGGAGCAGGCGGUGAGCCUGGAGUGCGAGCUCUCGGAGGCGGCCGCCGACGUCGUGUGGAGGAAGGACGGCCGCGAGCUGGAGGCCGGGGGCCGCGUGGCCGCGAGAAGCGACGGGAACCUCGUGAGACUCGUCGUCCAGGCAGCCCGGCCGCAGGACAGCGGCGUGUACAGCUGUGAGGCCGGCGCGGCGAGCUCCUCCGCCACGGUGCACGUCAGAGGACCGCGACAGGAAGGCGGCGAGGCGUCUCUCCGCUGCUCCCUGUCCAAACCGGGCACCGAGGUCGCGUGGACGAAGGACGCGCGACCCGUGCUGGCUGGCGAUAAGUACGACGUGGGCUCUGAGGGUCUCUCCGUGUGGCUCGCCGUCAGAGCGCUGUGUCUCGAUGACGCGGGGUCGUACGCGUGCCACGUGGGAGACCUGCAGACCACAGCAAUCCUCACCGUGCAAGAGAAGCCCGCGGUGUUCACCAAGCGUCUGGAGGAGGUGAGCGUGGAGGAGAGGGGCGAUGCCGUGCUGCUGUGCGAGCUGUCCAAAGAGGGCGCCCCCGUCAGCUGGCUGAAGGACGGCCGGGCCCUCGGCCCCGACGGGAGGCACGAGACGAGCCAGGAGGGACGCACGGCCCGGCUCGUCCUGCACGGCCUGAGCCUGCACGACAGCGGCCGCUACUCGUGCGCCACCGGCCACGACGUCACCGCCGCCACGCUCACCGUCACCGAACUGGACAUCUCGAUCGUGAGAGGCCUCGAGGACUGCGAGGUGCAGGAGACGCAGAGGGCGACGUUCACCGUGGAGAUCUCGCACCCCGACGUGCUGUGCGUCGAGUGGUGGCUCGGCGAGUCGCCUCUCCGGAACAACGAGCUCAACGAGAUCUCCGUGAGCGGGAGCGAGCACACCCUGACCCUGCGCAACGUCACGCUGCAGGACGGAGGCGCGGUCAGAUUCCAGGCCGGGGCCGCCACCUCCUGUGCCACGCUCAGAGUCAACAAGCUGCCGGUGCGGGUGGUGCGGCCGCUGCAGGACGUGGCGGUGGAGGAGGAGCAGGCGGUGAGCCUGGAGUGCGAGCUCUCGGAGGCGGCCGCCGACGUCGUGUGGAGGAAGGACGGCCGCGAGCUGGAGGCCGGGGGCCGCGUGGCCGCGGGGCGCGACGGGAACCUCGUGAGACUCGUCGUCCAGGCAGCCCGGCCGCAGGACAGCGGCGUGUACAGCUGUGAGGCCGGCGCGGCGAGCUCCUCCGCCACAGUGCACGUCAGAGAGCUGCCGCUGCAAAUUCUGGAGCCGUUGGUAGACCAGGAGGCCACGGAGGGUGAGUCGGCUCGGCUCAGCUGCCGGCUGUCCAAGCCGCACGCGAGCGUCGCCUGGAGCAGGGGCUCCCAGCCCCUCCACGACGGCGACAAGUUCGAGCCCCGUGUGGACGGUCACACGGCCGUCCUCGUCAUCAGAGACGUGGGGCCCGACGACGCGGGGACGUACACGUGCUGGGCCGGGGAGCAGGAGAGCGCCGCGCGGCUCUCCGUCCUGGAGAAGCCCGCGGUGUUCACCAAGGGUCUGGAGGAGGUGAGCGUGGAGGAGAGGGGCGAUGCCGUGCUGCUGUGCGAGCUGUCCAAAGAGGGCGCCCCCGUCAGCUGGCUGAAGGACGGCCGGGCCCUGGGCCCCGAAGGGAGGCACGAGACGAGCCAGGAGGGACGCACGGCCCGGCUCGUCCUGCACCGGCCUGAGCCUGCACGACAGCGGCCGCUACUCGUGCGCCACCGGCCACGACGUCACCACCGCCACGCUCACCGUCACCGAGCUGCCACUGAGGGUCCUGACUCCACUCGUGGAUGUGGAGGUGAUGUCAGGUACGGCGCACGAUGCGAUCGACGCGAGGCGGCGACGUUCUCCUGCGAGCUGUCGCGCGGCGCCGCGACGGACGCUCGCUGGUGGCUCGGGGACACGAGGCUGCUGGACAACGAGCUGAACGCGCUGGGCAUGCAGGACGAGCGCACGCACACGCUCACGCUGCGUCGGCUCACGCCGGACGACAGUGCCUGCGUCACCUUCUGUGCCGGCGACGUCUCGUCCAGCGCGACGCUCACCGUGACGCGGCGCCCCGUGACGGUGACCUCGCCCCUGGCGGACACGGCCGUGGAGGAGGGCGAGCCGCUGCGUCUGUCGUGCGCGCUGUCGGAGCCGGCUCCCGUCACGUGGAGCAAGGACAGCGGAGAGCUCGGGGCGAGCGAUCGGAUCCGCCUGGCUCUCGAGGGCAGCUCGGCCGUCCUGGAGAUCCAGCGGGCGGCGCUGGGAGACUCGGGCGUGUACACCUGCGCCACGCUCGACGACAGCUCGUCCGCACGGCUGACCGUCUCAGAGAAGGUGGCGGUGUUCAUUGCGCCGCUGGAGGACGUGCGGGCAGAGGAGCGCUCGCGCGUCGUGCUGUCCUGCGAGCUGUCGCGUCCCGACGUCGAAGUCGUCUGGCUCAGAGACGACGUGGAGCUGGAGGCGUCGCCGCGGGCCUCGGCGAGCCGCGACGGCGCCCGCGCCGCCCUCGUAAUCACCGCCGUACGGACGGACGACGCCGGGGAGUACUCGUGCCGCACGCGCCACGACCGCACGGCCGCCGUGCUCGUCGUCACAGAGUUCGCCGUCGAGAUCACGCGCCCCCCCGCGGACGUGGAGGCGUGGGAGGGCGAAGCGGCGCGCUUCUCGUGCGAGCUGUCGCGCGCCGACGUGGAGGACGCCGGCUGGUGGCUCGGGGAGCAGCCGCUCGGCAGCAACGAGAUCAACGAGGUGGCGGCGAGCGGCGCGACGCACGCCCUGCUGCUGCGCAACCUCGCGCCCCACGACAGCGGCCUCGUCACCUUUCGCGCCGCGCGGGCCCAAGCAGUGGCCCGCCUCGUCGUGAAGCGACUGCCGCUGCGCGUGGCCACGCCGCUGUCCGCGGUGGUGGUGGAGGAGCGCUCGACGGCCAGCCUGGUGUGCGAGCUGUCGCGGCCCGCCGAGCCGGCCGACCGCCUCGCGUGGACCAAGGACGGCGUGGCGCUGGAGGCCGGCGGGAGGAUCGCCGUGGAGCACGACGGGGCCCGCGUCCGCCUCACGGUGCGCGACGUCACGCUGGAUGACGGCGGCGUCUACGCGUGCCACGCCGGCGUGGACGCCGGCACGUCCACUGUCCUCGGGGUGACGGCCUGGCACACGGAGAUGGUGCGGCCGCUCGCGGACCAGGCGGUGGCGCGGGGCGGUGAGGCGCGCUUCACCGUCGAGCUGAGCCAGGCGGUACCGCCCUCGGACGUCCACUGGUACCUGAACGGCGAGGAGAUCGCCACCGCCGUGGCGGGAGGAGCGGGCGAGGGCACGGCCGAGUGGGAGACGGAGCAGGAAGGCGCCACCUGCUCGCUCGUCCUGCGCCGCGCCCACCGGCGGCACGGCGGAGACGUGGAGUGCGUCGUCCGCGACGUCGCCUGCGCCGCUCGGCUCGCCGUGCACGAGGAAGAGGGGCGCGGCGACCACGGGCGGCCCGGGGGGCCCCCGGAGUCGGACGGGGAGGCCCGGCCGCGGCAGCCGUGGGAUGCGGCGAGCCGGAGGCGGCGCAUGAGCUGCGAGCCCACGCUCGGCUCCAUCCACGAGGAGGCCGAGGAGGCCGAGGGCGCCGAGGCGGAGGCGUCCACACUGGACCGAGCGGCCACCAAGAUCCAGGCUGCCUUUCGCGGAUUCAAGACGCGCAAGGAGCUGGAGCGGGAAGCACACCCUCCGCUGCAGCCCACUCAGAGCAGCCUACGCAGCUUCCUCAUCCGGCAGUCGGCGGAGGAGGAAUCGUUUGACGGAGAUGAGGCGACCGCCGCAGCCCCCGAGCCUCAGCGAGGAGGUCCGGCGCAGCGGCCGGCGCCGGCGGAGCAGACGUUCUGGGAGGACAGCGACCACAUCUACAUCUCGUUCUGUGACGCGGCCGAAGCGCAGUCGGCGGCCGACAGCUUCCGCCGGCUCUUCGCGCUGCAGGGGCAGCCGGUGGAGGUUCUGCUGCUGGAGGACGCCGCGGAGAGCGGACGAGCGGCCGUCGUGCGCGUCAAGAAGCUCCACGCGGCGGCGGCGGCGCCGCUUGCGGAGGAGGAGUCGGGCCGGAGCGCGCCGCGGUUCGUGCAGCACCUGCUGGGGCUCACGGUGGAGGAGGGGUACCCGGCGUCCUUCGACUGCGUGGUGACGGGCUCGCCCGCGCCCUCCGUCGCCUGGUACAAGGGAAAUCUGCAACUUCGAGAGGACGACCGCCACAUGAUCAACGAUGGCGACGAUGGCAGCCAGCAGCUGGUGCUCACCACGACCGGCGCCGGGGACGCCGGCGUUUACCGCUGCGUGGCGGAGAAUGAGGCCGGCGUGGCGUCGAGCCACGCCGAGCUCCUCGUCGUCGACGUGUUGAGCCCCGACUGCGACACGCGGAAAGCAGCUGUUCCCAGGGCCCAGGCUGAGGAUGCGGUGGAGACGCCGGCCCCGGAGGAGCCCCCCGAGUUCACGCACGAGCUGCACGACCUCCAAGUGGCGGCCGGGGCAGAGAGCACGCUGCUGUCCGUUGGGGUCAAAGGCUCGCCGGCCCCGCGCGUCUACUGGUUCAAGGACGGGCAGCCGCUGCCGGGCUCCGAGCGGCUGCAGCUGCGCAGCGAUGGGGAGCAACACACGCUCGCCAUCGCCCUCCCGACGGCGGACGACGGCGGAGAGUACACCGUCUGUGCCAGCAACCCCGCCGGAUGCAUCUACACGUCGGCGCUCCUCGUGCUGCAAGGUGAGCAAAAGAAGUUGACACCGCCGCGGUUCGUGGAGAGAUUCAGCAACAAGCGUGUGCCGCGUGGAGACAGCGUGACGCUGGCCAUCACGUUAGAGGGCUCCCCAACGCCCGAUGUCACGUGGCUCAAGGAGGACUCUGCGGAGGACGUGACGUGGAUCAAGGAGACGAGCGAAGGGUUCCGCCUGGAGAGCGCGGGCGCCCGCCACAGCCUCACCCUGGAGGCGGUGGCGCCGCAGCACGCCGGCCACUACACCGUCAUCGCCACCAACCCCGUGGGGCAGGCCAUCUGCACGGCCUACGUGGACGUCCGGCGGCCACGUGAAGCCGAAGGGGAGAGCGAAGAUCUGGCAACAUCCCAGGAGGAAAGACUCAGCUCCUACCUGCAUAGCCUGCCGGAAGACAUCGCCACAGAGCACGCGGAAGGAGAGAAAAGGCCGUUCUUCGAGGACAUUUCGGUGCAGCCGCCAGAGCCUGAACACGACUACCUCCUGGAGGCGGACGGCACGCUGAGCCGGGACGAGCUACCCGUGCCCGAGAGGGACGGGCGCGAGUCGCGCGGCAGCACCGUGUCGCUCACCGAGGAGCUCAUCCACCGGCUCACGGCACAGAUCUCCGACAUGGUCUGCACGCGCUUCUCCAAAGUGUCGCUGCGCGUCCCUGGCGGCGAAGGCAGCGAUGACGAUCAGCGAACUCCGCUGACGACGCCGCGCCGCGGACGCUCGCGUCCCACCUCCGGCAUCCUGGAGUCGCCCAUCGAGUCGGACGAGGGCGACGCGGCCAUGGAGGGCAUGGAUGAGUUUGUCGCGACCUCGGACGUCGCCCCGAGUGGCGACGAGCCCGAGUGGGUGCCGCUGCGCAGGGGGCAGCUCGUGGAGGUCCUGGACUGCGCUCACCCCCUGCGCUGGCUCGUGAGGACCAGGCCCAGCGUCACGCAAGACUUCCGCCAGGGCUGGGCCUCGUCGGCCUUCCUGGAGAAGCGUUCCGCCGGUGAGACGCCCGCACUGGAUUUCCCUAUGGAUGCACAACGGCAGAGAGAAGAUGAAUCGCUGAAGGCGUUGUCACCAGAAGAGGACCAGAGGCACUUUCAGGCACUGCUGGGCGAGCUGGUGGCGUCGGAGGAGGCGUUCGUGCGCGACCUGGAGUUUGUGACGUCGCACCACGCGCGCCACGUGGAGACGGCGCCCGGCCUCGUCGACUCGCAGAGAGACGUCAUCUUCCGCAACCUGCCGGACCUGAUGCACUUCCACAGCCGGCUCGCUCCUCCCAACCCCGUUCUCAUUAUUCGACGCGGGGAUGGGUGCUGCUUCCACGCCUGCGCUCGUGCCAGGACGACGCAGGACGUGGCACGUGCCGUGCUGCAGAGCCGCCACGAGUUUGACCGCCACGUGCAGUUCCUGUACGGAAAGCCCAGGGCUGAUGUGCUGCUCAUGAGCGGCCCCACACAGGCUGCAUUCGAGAGGUACGAGGAGGCCCUGCAGGAGGGGCCGAGCCCGGCGCGGCCGCUCCGCUCCGUGCAGGAGUACCUGGACCUGCCGCUGGGCCAGCUCGGGGCCUACCAGUCAUCGCUCAGGGAGCUGAUCAGGCGGAGAGCCGACCGGGGGGGCGACUGCGCGCAGCUCCAGGAGGCCUACGCGCUGGUGGCCGCGGUGCCGCGCCGUGCCGAGGACCAGAUGCACCUUUCCAUGAUGGAGGGGGCGCCCAGCGACCUGCCGGACCUGGGGCCGCUCGUCCGGCAGGACACGUUUGUGGUGUGGGAGGGGCGGCCGAGCCCGCGCGCCUCCUGGAGGGGUCGAGUGCGACACCUCUUCCUCUUCCCCACGCGCCUGCUCAUCUGCAAGCCGCAGCGCGGCAGCGGCACGGACUCCAUCGUCUUCCUGUGCCGCCACAACCUGCCGCUGAGCGAUGUGGAGGUGAGCAGCGCGGCGGAGACGGACGAGCGGACUUUGGAGCUGUGGGACGAGCGCGAGAGCGGCCUCGAGAAGCUGACGCUGCGGGCCCGUAGCCCCGCGCAGAAGCAGGCCUGGCUGCUGGAGCUGCAGCACCUCCAGCGCGGAAUCGAGCGGCACGUGCAGGAGACGCCGGAGGCCUGGACGCCGCCCGAGUUCGUGGAGCCGCUAUCGGACUGCACGGCGCGGGCGGGCGACAUCGCCACCCUGCAGUGCCGCGUGUCGGGCUCGCCCAGACCGGUCAUCACCUGGCACCGAGACGAGCGGCCACUGGAGAUGGAGGACCGCCUCUCACUGAACGAGGACGAGCGGCGUGGCUGCCGGCUGCUCGUGAUCCGCGUGUGUGCCUCCGACGCCGGUCACUACAGCUGCGUCGCCAACAGCCCCGCCGGCACGGCGCGCUCCACCGCCCGCCUGAACGUGCUCGUGCCUCCCCGUUUCAAGACGCCGCUGAGCAGUGCUGCACUGGAGGAGGGCGAGGACGUCCGCUUUAGCUGCCAGGUCACGGGGGAGCCCUUCCCGCUCGCCAGGUGGUUCAAGGAUGGCGAGGAGGUGUGCGGUGGUGACGAGCGGCUACGAACGCAGAGCGAUGAGGAGCGCGGCCGCCUUAGCCUCACCGUGCAGCGGGCGAGCAAGGCCGACGCGGGCAAAUACACCUGCCUGCUGGUGAACGCGGCGGGCGAGGCAAGGGACUCGGCGGAGCUGUACGUGCCCGUCCCCGUGCGGGCUGCCGGUGCCAGCCAGGCCGUGCUGGUGGAGGUAACCGAACAGGAGACCAGACUGCCCAAGAAGACGGUGAUCAUCGAGGAGACCAUCACGACCAUCGUCAAGAGCCCCAGGCUCAAGCGGCGCCCGGCACCGGCAGCUCGGACGCCCUCUCCGCUGGUGGCGCUGGCAGCCCCGCAGCCUCGGACAGCGCCCAGCGGAGCCCAGGGAGGCGGCCCUGAGGGCGCACGGCUCGGCCAGUGUCGGCCCACGGAGGGAGCCCUCGAGGCAGAGGAGGAAGCGACGUGCCCGCCGGCGGCCGCGGCGGCGACCGCGGUCCAAGCAGAGGCCCUCCGGCCAAAGCGGGUGGCGGAAAUGCCGGCGGCGUCGCCGCCGCCGCAGACGGUGACCGGAUCGGCGGAGGUCGCGUCCGAGCAGGGCCCGGCGCGGCAGGAGGCGAGCGAUGCGCAGAAAGAAAACUGGUUCGAGGUGGAAGAGGUCAUCGAGGUCAGGGUGAAGAAGACUCCCCGAGCGAAGGGCUCAAAGAAGCUCUCGUCCUCGGACCGUCAGAAGCGGCGCUCCAAGUCGACCGACCAGCUGCACAAGGUGAACGCGGACAACUCGAGCAGCCUGCAGGACCUGGCCCACGCGAGCAGCGAGCCCCAGGAGCGGUCACCGGCGCUCGUGACAACAGCGGCGGUCGCGGCGCCCGAGCCGCUCCUCAUCUCGGAAGCGGUGGCGGCGGCGGAGGAAGGAGGAGGAGGUUCGACUCACCUCUCGGAGGUGCACGCCUGGGUGUCCCACGGCGGAGGGCAGCGCAGCUCGUCGGGCGUCAGCGGAACAGUCGGGAAGACGAUCACGCUGCAAUUUGACACUGGCCGGGGCUUACGAGGCUCGGCUAAAAAUAGCGGGCAGCCCGAGCCCCCGCCCAGCGAGUAGCGGGCCACCAGCGGCA